GCGGGAGCGAACGUAUCCGUCGUGGUAAGAGUAGAGAGCAGCGAUGGCGGUCGAGCGAAGGUCGAGCGACACGCGCGUCUGACCGGCACGCCCGCCACCCGCAGUUGCGUCUCUCCUCCGCACUCGCCGACGACAAAACUCGACGCUGCAAUUGGCUGCGACGAUUAACAACACGCUAGCACCCAUGACUGAAACCAGCGUGACCCGCAGCGCUGCGGCCGCAACAGCAUCCGCGCUGUAUGGGAACAGCCCGCCAUAUCUCGACGUCGACAACAAAGGCACACCCGUCCUCUUUCCCCGAGAUCGAUCAUCGACCGACGUCGAUGUCGGGUACUUGUCGAAUCUCACACUGCGCGCUGGAGCAGCAGCGUCCUCCUUGGCUUGCGGCAGCAUCCUCGCGGGGCCGAAUAGCGAGAGCGAUGACUACGGCGACGUCGCGUUCUCGCUUGGUCAAGGCGACUUUGGAGCGGGACAGGAACUCGGCAUACUCGACGCGUUGGGCCUGAAGAGCCGAAUGACGCCAGAGUCGAAGGUCCGGCGUGUAGACCUCUCCCCAAGCACACGCCUUCCAGUCUAUCUUCUGCCGCCGCAUGCGAAGCGGACCGCAGAACUUGCGAGCAUGACGGAGACCCUGGCUCAACUGCGAAGUGCGCACUGCUUCAGAGUCGAGGAGAUCAUGGAAGACAAUUCCAUGGUUCUUUACAUCUUCCUCGGCCAGCUGUCCACGCCCAAUGGAUACUCGCCAUGGGUAGGACUGAUAGGGAUCGCGGUCUGGUCUUGAGGCCACAAUCGAUGUCGCGAAAUGAUCAAAGGUAUGUAGUGAGCAGCAGUUGACGUCCUACAGUCGGUAGCC